AUGAGACUUGGUGCGAUCUUUUCCUGUGUGCUUUUCUUAGCAGUAACCGUGGUGUCUUGCAUGCGCAUCCGAAAUGAUCGUACGAAUAUCGUUUGCAGAAAGUUCAACCGACAGAUACAGAUAUUCCGUCCACAAGGGCUAGUGGUUACACAACGCGUGAGCAGGAACCUUCGUUCGCUUGACCUAGAACUGUACAUUAAUCAAAAGUUUCGAGAGCAUCCCUCGUGUGAUGUGUGUGCGAAUGCCACGGUAACCAAUGGCACGCGAAAUUCACUCAUCAUAAAGCACCCGUCGGUUAUUAUUCUUCCCGGGGACACGAUUCAGUACUCCGUCACCAAAAGCUACCGUCAUGGACCACCGAAGCGGUUUAGCUGCGAAUUUGGAGUAAAUGGUGAUCUUAUGAAGUUUUUGGCGAUAACAAAUUCUCCACGCUCCUGCACCGGAGGAGUUCCUUCACGCCAAAGUCGCAACUACGAAGAUGAGCAGAAAUUACUUUGGGACAUAAUUUACGAGUACGAUGUUUAUUGUGAUGCGGUAGAGCUAACAAACCUGCUUGUUCUGCCGCAGGACAAAAAGUAUUUCGCAUACGAGAGAGAUAUUAAAGAACACAUAGUUAAGCUGCUUAGCACGCUUGUUCCGUCGAUUGAUUGGGCUGAGAGCGUGCGUGAUGUUUAUCGCACCGAUGAAAUGUACUUUUUUGGCAUGAAAUCAAUACUGUUGAAGCAUGAAAUUUUGCACAUGAUUCAAGGAACUAGUGUGGAAAGUAUUAUUACUGAUUUUGAUAAAAUAGAUCGUUUUUCGGUUCGGAAUACUGACGGUAGUAGGAAUGGUAACGGUGGUAGUGAGGAUUAUGUUGAGUAUGGAAGCGGAUUAAGAUCCUAA